UUACGUAGCAUACAGCUUAGUACUGAAAAACCAGAAUUACCAGAAUUAAACAAGUAGAGGACUAGAAAUACUGAUUCAAGUUCUAGAUUUUGCAAGGCUGUCAGUUACCAACAUGAUGACUAUGGCUUGUACAUGAUGACGUCAUAUCUUAGCAGCCAACACCUUACUGAAACAUAUCUGAUGUUCAACAGGUGGGUGCACACUGAGCCGUUAGCCUCAGGAAGGAAAGUUGAUUUCUAGGUCCACAUGUGAGCACAGGGCAUGAUAACUCUGCCAAAAUCAACCUAAAAUUAGCGGAGAGAGAUAUAGAAGUAUGGAAAAAUGAGACCAAAAAAGUUUCAAUAAAAACCAAAAUGCUAUCUCUCCAGCGCAGUGGAAUCUUCUGGGGUUUUUUUUAAAUCUCACCUUAUCUUUAAACAUUUAUUUAUUUAUGUUUACUUACAGUUGAUUAAGCUAAUUAAAAAAAACUUCUGCAGGUCUGUUAAAUGAGACUGGGAUUUGGUCUGUGAGUCAGCUCGAUUCACAAGGUGUUCUUAUGAUAUUCUGAAUUUCCCGAACUUAAAAAUGUAGCUCUGUGUGAUCCCCUAACAUUAAAAUUAUUUUUUAAAACUGUAAUACUGAAAACAUCAGUUAACGAAAACGUUUAUGAAUAAUGAAACUAAUUAACUAAGCCGGCACAAAUGUGACGAAGACUUAACUGCGCUCUGAUAAAACUGGAAAACGUAUUUUCUCUUGACUGAUUUUCAAGUUACACGAACAAAGAAGUACAAAGCGUUACAUGUAACUCGUUUUAGCCACCCCACUGUCCUACUCCACCCAACUGCAUAUCUUUGGGUGGAGCGAAACGGCUCCUUUAAAAGCUGCGUGUGGUGGGCUACUGAAUAGCAGGACAAGUGCAAAACUCAACAAAGCAAAAUGGUUGUGUGGACAGACUUUGAGCGCACCACGAUCAAGGACAUCUUCUCCAAGAUCGACUAUGCAGUCGUUGGACAAGCAGCUUUUUCCAGGUGUCUGAUUGUCUACCCCUGGACUCAGAGGUAUUUCGGUGGAUUUGGAAACCUAUACAAUGCUGCUGCCAUCACAUCAAAUGCAAGGGUUGCUGCUCAUGGAAAAGUCAUCAUGGAAGCUCUGGAAAAAGCCGUGAAGGACAUGGACAACAUCAAGGCCACAUAUGCAGAGCUGAGCGCGCUGCACUCUGAGAAACUGCAGGUGGACCCUGACAAUUUCAUGCUCCUGGGUCACUGCCUGACCAUUGUGGUUGCUUCCCAAUUGCGUAAAGCCUUCACUGCUGAGGUCCACGCGGCUUUUCAGAAGUUCCUGGCAGUGGUGGUGUCCUCCCUCAGAAAGCAGUACUACUAGAAAGCUACAGAGGACCAUCACAUACUCUGUUGUUAAAUUGUACCUCAAAAUGAUGUUAAUAAAUAAGAUAUAUGAAGCAUAUACCUCAAGUUGUUUGUUUUAUUUCCCCUUUUUUCAUAAUAGGACCGUUACAUACUUUGUUUUUUAAAUCAUGUCUUGAGGAGGCUUAAAGCAAUAAAACAACGAGCAUAUUCUUCACUUUGUUGUUUUUUCUUUUUCUAGCAUUUGCAACUAUAUCAGGGUGUAACAGAAGAGUUAAAUAAUGGGUGUAAGAUAUUAAUUAGCCUAUUCUUUCAAAUUUUAACCUCUUAAGCCAACUGAUCUCCUGCCUUUUGCCCCCGUAUCAGGGGGCGUUGGGGCUUAAGAGGUUAAAUAAGAUGGUGUAAAAUAAAAAUAAGUCAUGCUGUGACUUUCGCAUCAAAGGACCUCUCAUAAAUUAUGACGGAUGAUAUGAGACCGAUGAUGAAGUGAAAUUAAACUACAAAUAGACCGGACGGACUCUGUAAACGCACAGCAUUCAGUAUUACUGAUUAUUAGUGAUUUAACGGUUUACCAUUUAACAGUGCACUGUCAGAGGGUAGUCAGCCUCUUUCACUCAAACAGCAACCAUUUUCUGGUCCAACAGGUGAGAUUUUACAUAAUUUACAUAAUUUCCUUAAGGAUUAAUAAAGCAUUCUGAUUUUCUGAUUUAAUGAUAGUAAAGUCGACUGCGACAGAGUAAGGUUAUAAUUUCAUGAAGCUUCUGAUUCAUGUUUCUGGAAGCGGUGGAAAAAGUAUUUAAUUGAGUAAAUCACGCAGUAUUAGGUGUCAGAUAAAUGCAGUGGCCUAAACCAGUUGUCUUUCGUCAAUAUGCUGGAGUAAAGCUAAAAAUAUUACACAACAGUUUUUCAUUGAAACAAAAUAAUCUGAGUAGAACUGUCUGCCAAGAUUUUGAAAUGUAAUAAAAACAUCGACAUUUGUAUAAGAUUUUUUGAGAGCUAAUUUCCUGUAAUGUUUUGUUCCAACAAUUCCAGUAUAGGCUAUUUCACAAGCAGCGAUUAAUAGACAACUUUUAUACUGUUAUAUUUUUGAGUUUUCUCAGUAGAAAGAUAUGCUUUUC